CAGGACCAGGAGAGAUCUGCUGUGAGUCCGAGCUGAGAAAGAAUUCUGGGUUUCUGAUACCUCCAGUUCCAUCAGGGAGUUCACUCUGGCUGAUUUCGUGUCCACACUGGUCCCUGUGGCCUCUCCCUGCCAUGGCUCUCCUGGCCCAGACCCUGGCACUGCUGGCAAUGGCCAUGGCCACCGUGGCUGUCGAUGUGAUCCCCCUGGACAUGGCCCAGGACUCCUUCGAUGACCAGUACCGGGGCUGUGGCCCUGCCAUGAAGGCGGCAUUGCCGGCCCUCAACCGCUCCGAGUUCGAGCAGAACGAGAAGUUUGCUGAUGUUUGGGUAAAGGCUGCAGAUGAGUGGCAGAGUUGGGGCCCCCCUGUGUCCCCUCUGUCCCCAGACCAGGCCACCGCCAUCAUGGCCUUCACAAUGACUGAUCCCAGUCUAUUCAAUGAUGCCGUGCACGUGGUUGGGCGCUCCCGCCAGGAAUACCGGGACAACUUCCACUUCAAAACGCUGCAUUUCCUGCUGACCGAUGCCCUGGCGACGCUGAGGGAUGCUCAGAAUAGGCAGUGUCAGGACGCCUUCCUGAAGGUGUGUGACACCCGGUUUGAGGCACAGCGUGGUGACACCGUCCGGUUUGGUCUAUUCAUGCCGGUGUUCCCGAGGAAACCAAGUGGCGAGUGCUCCGGUGACACAAUGCUCGAGCUGCACACGUGCCAGGGUGUGGAAAUCCAGUUUUUCACUGAACAUCCAGAAGAGAGAGUGGUGCUGAUCCCACCCUUCGAGACCUUCAAGGUCACCCAAUACACCCGGGAAGGAGACAAGACACAGAUCCAGCUCCGCUCCACUGGGACCUUCAGCAAAUACAACUGCGAGUGGCUGCGAGGUUAGAGUGUUCCCAGGGCUCCUUUCCACCUCAGAAGACUCCUCCAGGCCACCACAGCCUUGGCAGUGGCCACCAGGAUCCUCUGAGCCACAAGGCCAUCAAGGUCACCAAGGUCACUGUGGCAGCUGUGGCCACCAUGAUCACCAAGACACUCUCAGCCACAAGGCUAUCACAGCCACCCUGGCCAGUGUGGCCACCACGGCCACUCUGCAAAGCAAUUCUAAUAAAUAAUUCUAUCAAACCAAUU